AUGAAGACUGUCUCAGCGUUGGCUGCUGCCCUUUCCGUUGCUUCCACCGCCUUGGCGGCUGUCACUCCCCUGGCUCCCAGAGACAGCCAGUUGCAGUCUGUUAGCGUCAAGGGCAACGCCUUCUUCGCCGGCAACGACCGUUUCUACAUCCGCGGUGUUGAUUAUCAACCUGGUGGCUCUUCUCAGGUCGCCGACCCCAUUGCCGACGCUGAUAGCUGCAAGCGUGACAUUGCUGAAUUCACAAAGCUUGGCAUCAACACCGUCCGUGUUUACACUGUCGACAACACUGCCGAUCAUGAUGACUGCAUGAACCAGCUUGCUCAGGCAGGCAUUUACCUCGUCCUUGACGUCAACACGCCUAAGUACUCUCUUAACCGUGCUUCACCCAAGGAGUCGUACAACGAUGUCUAUCUGCAAAGCGUCUUCGCGACCAUUGACGCCUUCGCAAAGUACAACAACACGCUUGCCUUCUUCUCCGGAAAUGAAGUCAUCAACAGCGACAACACUACUACUGCUGCUCCCUACGUCAAAGCUGUCACCCGUGACAUGAGACAAUAUAUUGGCAGCCGCGGCUACCGUCAGAUCCCCGUCGGUUAUUCCGCUGCUGACGUUGAGUCGAACCGUUAUGAAAUGGCAGCGUACAUGAACUGCGGUACCGAUGACGAGCGCAGCGACUUCUUUGCCUUCAACGACUACUCCUGGUGUGACCCUUCCUCAUUCACCACCUCUGGUUGGAACAUCAAGGUUCAAAAGUUCAGCAACUACAGCUUGCCAAUUUUCCUCUCUGAGUACGGUUGCAUCACCAACAAGCGUCAAUUCCAGGAAGUUGCCGCCCUCUACAACACGGAGAUGACCAGCGUCUACUCCGGUGGUCUGGUCUAUGAGUACGCUGAGGAAGAUAACGGCUACGGUCUGGUCACGAUUAGUGGAAACCAAAUCACUGAGAAGGACGACUUCACUGCUCUUAAGAACGCUUUUGCCAACACCACCAACCCCAGCGGCGAUGGUGGCUACAAGAGCAGCGGCUCCGCCAGCCAGUGCCCCUCCAAGUCAUCCACUUGGGACGUUGACAAUAAUGAUCUUCCCGCCAUCCCCGCGCCGGCCAAGAAGUACAUGACCAAUGGUGCUGGCAAAGGCCCCGGUCUUGAUGGCUCUGGCUCUCAGUGGGCUGGUACCCAGAGCAGCGGCACCGCCACUGCUGGCUCUGGCAAGGUCACUGCUGUCGCUACCGGCACUUCCAAGAAUGCCUCUGCAAGCGGCAGCAGCAGCUCUACCCCAAAGAGCGCUGCUGCUUCUCUACGGGCUCCCGAGUCGAACUUUGCUCCUCUCGUCUGCGGUCUGGUCGUCUUGGCCUCGACCUUCUUUGGUGCUACUCUGUUGUAG